AUGCGUCUAGCGGCAGCACUCCUGCUCCUGCUGCGCGGCACCCAUGCCCUCACAGCAACGGGACCCCAACCGGUCGUCUGGUCCCUCGCCGGCAGCGACAGCAGCGCCGGCGCCGGCGUCGAGGCCGACCUCCGCGCGUUCCGCUGCCUCGGCGCGCGCGGCUGCGCGGUCGUCACGGCCCUCACGGCCCAGAGCACGACCGGCGUGCAAGCCGUCCUCGAGACGCCCGCGGCCCACGUCGCGGCGACCAUCGCCGCGCUCGAGGCCGACCUGCCGCCCGCCGCCGUCAAGACCGGCGCCCUCGGCGGCGCCGGCGCCGCGCGCGCCGUGGCCGCCUUCCUGCGCCGCGCGCCGCCCGGCUGCAAGGUUGUGGUGGACCCCGUGGUCGUGUCCACCUCCGGCCGGCGCCUCCUCGACGAGGCGGGCGAGGCCGUCCUCGUCGAGGAGAUCCUGCCGCGCGCCGACGUCGUCUGCCCCAACGCGCCCGAGGCCGAGGCCCUGCUCGGCCUGCCCCCCGGCAGCAUCGCCUCGCCCGCCGACGCGGCCGCGGCCGCGACGGCGCUCCGCGCGCGCCUCGGCUGCGGCGCGGUGCUCCUCAAGGGCGGCCACCUCGCCGGCCCGCGCGCCGCCGACGUCUGGGCCGACGCCGCCGGCACGCUCUGGCUCGCCGCCGACCGCACGCCCGGCCUCGGCGCGGGCGGCGCGCACGGCACGGGCUGCGUCCUCUCGGCCGCGCUCGCCGCCGCCCUCGCGCGCGGCGAGGCGCCCCGCGACGCCGCCGUCGCGGCCAAGGCCGUCUGCGCCGCCGCCGUCCGCCGCGCCGCGGCUCACGCGGCCGACGCGCCCGGCGCGGGGCCGCCGCCCGCCGACGUGCCCGCGACGUGGCCCGACGCCGACGCCGCGGCGACCUUUCCGAGCGCGGGCCUCGCACCACCACUACACCCAUUUCCGCGCCUCGACGGCCCGCCCAUGACGCUCUACGCCCUCGCCGCGACGGCCGCGCGGUGCGCGGCGCUCUGGGACGCGGGCGUCGUCGACGUCCAGCUCCGCGUCAAGGACGCCCCGCCCGCGGCCAUCGAGGCCGAGGUCGCCGCCGCCGCCCAGGAAGCCCUCGCCCGGCCGCACGCGCGCCUCUGGGUCAACGACUUCUGGGAGGCGGCCGCGGGCCGCGCCGGCUGCUUCGGCUGCCACCUCGGCCAGGAGGACCUCGCGGCGCUCGCGCCCGCCGACGCCGCGCGGCUCGCGGCCUCGGGCCUCCGCCUCGGCGUCUCGACGCACUGCCUCGCCGAGCUCGCCGUCGCCGCCGCGCUCGCGCCGACGUACGUCGCGCUCGGGCCCGUCUUCGGCACGACGUCCAAGCGCGUCCCCUUCGCGCCGCGCGGCCUCGACCGCGUCGCGGCCUGGCGCCGCCUCGUGCCCGCCGACACGCCGCUCGUCGCCAUCGGCGGCGUGGGCCUCGACACCGCGCCGGCCGUCGUCGCCGCGGGUGCCGACGCCGUCGCCGUCAUCUCGGCGCUUGGGGGGGAGGCCGGGGAGGCGCUGCGGGCGAGUGUGGGGCGGUGGCGAGGCGUUUGGGGGAAGUCGUAA